AUGAGCAGUGAGAAGACAGCCAUCCGACUGGAACUUUUGCUUCUUGGAACGUAUGAAUCCCCGGACCAUGCAUGGUUUAUUCCCAUCCCACCUGAACCAACCCUGUUCAGGUUGGAUCUUGCCGCCAUUAUUUCCACUUAUGGCAAUUAUUGUCACUCCAAGGGUUAUCAUGGCCAGAACACAAAUCCACCGACGAAUCUCUUUGCUCAGCUACUCACUCUCACAAAUUUUGGCCUAUUACUUUUUCACGUCUUUUCAUCUCCAACUUUUCUGUAUUUCAAGCAAGUAUUGCAUACAUAUGUCACCAACGAACAUGAUCCUGAUGAUGGCUUCUGGAAAAGAGAUGUGUUGGCCCCAGAGGCCGAUCCGGACAACAGUUCAGCAAUGUCAGCGACGCAGCUCAACGUAAAGGAGCAUUGUGGCUUUGUACGCCGAAUUGGGGAUGACUGCUACACGAUUGCCAAUUCGACUGGUUUACAAACGUGGAUUCCUGUAUGCAUCGACGCCUCGCGUUUCAUCAAGGAGAUACCGCCAGCCAGCAUCAUUUAUGGACCAGCCAUUCCGCAAAAGCAUCCCAAUCACCUAGCGCCUCCCAUAAAUCCUUCUGUUCCAGAGCGAAAUAUGUGCAAUGCUCUCAUAGUCACCUUCUCGGACACUGCACCCGUCUCGGCUUUGAUUGUUGCCGAUGUCGGCGAAGACUCACCUCUGUCGGAACUUAAUUGCUGCCGCGUUCACAAUGCCGAGCAGCAACUACGGGAUGAUGAAACAUCUACCAUCAUAGUUGCAACAUGCAAACCCCAUUCUGGCUUGCUCACGUCCUGGCAAUCACUGAGAGUGCUUGAAGAUGAAUUAUGUAAACAAAGAUGGUGGAAGGCUGAAAAACUCACUACCAAACAUAAAAACUGCGACUACAACACCAAGUCAUAUCCAAAGAACUUAAUCGUAUGGUAUUCGGAGUGGCUUAAUCCUUCAACAGGAGUGUGCCAUCCAGUAAAGAUCACGCAAACGCUCGGAACGCAGUGUCGUGUCCGCGGCCUCCGAUGCCCAGGAAACAAAAGUUCCCUAGAACUCGGGGAUUCUUCGCAAGGUUCCAGUGAGUUAUUGUUAAUGGGGAACAAGCCUCCCUGCAGUGUCCGAAUUCUGGGCAUUCAGGAAAUGGGCUCACCACAGCAAAAGUGCGACGUGGAUAAGCAUGAUGAGGGAUUGGGCAACAUCUAG